AAUGUAGGUGUGCAUUGUACUGCAUUAUAUUCACAAGGAGAUGACGCCAAUUAGAAAAUCGUUUUUCGUACGAGUCAUAGUGCGUUCGAUAGCUUGUAUGUAGGUGAUGAAAACCCUAGAGCCGUUCGUGCCGAUGCGCCUUUGUUUAAGAGAAUUUAAGAGACAAAGUUAGGGUCACGCAACUACGUCCCACAUAAGCAGAACUUUACGACCUCUUUCAAAUGAGACUCGCAGGCAAAGAACAGGCAAGCGUUUUAAGAAAAGACCUUGUUAGGUAGAAGGGAUUGUUGGUCCCCUCUAUUCGAUCUUUUUAACAGUUUUUACGGAGGAGGGAUUCUCACACGUUGUAACGUGUUUCAUCGGUCUCGUGGCAGCAUUUCUACAGAGAACGUGAUACGAAGCAUUAGAAAUGGAGACAACAUAUAUUACUGAUGAAACCAUUAAAUAUGUACAAGUUCUUGCAAAGUGCGAUAUUUCGAAGGAAGAUUUGACGGAUGUGGUCGAAUAUUUUCGUGAUAUUGUUAUACAAUUUGAUUUAAUAUUUGCUGACGCCCCACGCAAAUUUUCGAACAAUGCCAAAUUAGCUGGCGGCGAACUUUUUGAAAAAUUUAUUAAACUGGCGGGAGAGCAUGAAGUUGUGGACGACAUUGAAUAUUAUCUAGAAGAAGGAGAAAAGGUGGUUGUGCGCGAAAGUAUCCCGAGUACGAGUGGGAAUAUACCCGAUGAUUUAGAAGACUACGAACCUCCGAAAAAAAUUUCUACGCAUCAAAUAGUGCCAUACGAUACAAAAUUAAAGAUCGUACUAGCAGCUGAAGAACAUCCAAAUUGGUCUUUCAAAACAUUAAAGCAUAAUUUUAGAAAGUAUUUGAACCAUCCUUCUGAUGUUACAAAAUAUAAAAAAGCUGUUUUGUCAGGCAGUACUUUUAGAGACAAAUUAAAUGCAGUAAAAACUAAUGUGUACGAUCGGUUCAGAGAAGCAAGAAAUAAUAAUCAAUUAGUAACACGACGUUUGCUGCAACAGUGGGCCAUAGCCUGCAGCCGCAUAAUAUAACAAGCCCAAACAGGAAAGUGAAGAACAUAUAAAUGUUUUUCAUUUCGUAGCAUCUAGUACGUGGUUGACCAAUUUUUUACGUGAGUACAGGAUAUCGAAUCGUCGUGUUGUCCGAUAUAUUUCUAAAAGAGAAGCAAUUUCACCAGAAGCUGUGAUAAAAUUAGCGGAAGAAUUUCAAACAUUAAUUCAAGCAAUUUCAUCGGAUUACGAUCCCGAUUUUGUAAUUAAUACUGAUCAAACAUGAUGUGAGUAUGGAGUUAAUCUUAAAUAUCUAAAUCUUAAAAAUCUAAAAUAUUAUCGCGAGCUUACACGCACACUGGGCAAAAAUUGGUUCAAUUAUACAUUGGCGAUUUAAAUAAAGUUUCGCAUUCAUAUACCGCGAAUACCAGUAUUCGCUGACAAAAUCCGGGAAGUUAUUAAAUAAAGUAUUUGUUUGUUUGCAAGAAUUUUCUGAUAAUUUUGGAGUACGUGUACAAAAAGAUGUGGAUGAAUUAUUAAAAUUAUGCAAAAAUGUUGUCAUUACAGCAUGUUCCAAAUCGGGCAAAUUAACAACGUCAUUAUAUGAACAGUAUUUAGAAAAUGUUGUUGAGCCGUAUGUCGGAGAUAAUUUGUUUUUAUUUAUAGUAGAUUCCUGGGGAGGACAAAAAAACAUCCAAAUGUAUAACGAAAUAUUUCGCGACAAAAAUAAUAAACCAACAUGUAAUUUACAAAUUAUAUCACCAAAAUGUACUCCGAUAUGUCAGCCAUGCGAUGUUUAUUUUUACAGACAAGUGAAAAUUAUAAUAAAAAAAAAUACAAAACUGUCCAGAUGUAAUUGCACAAUCAGGUGACGAAAGUAAACAAUUAAAUACUCGUGCUGCGUGCAAUUCGUAUACAAUCAUUAACUCAUUAUUUAUUAUCAGCACCAAAAUUUAAAUGUAUUGCUUCAAUAUGCAUGGUAUAUGCGUCCAAAUUAGCUGACGAAAGAGAAAUGUUUUUAAAUGUUAACCAACUAUGCUUUCCUCCAAAUAUUUAUAAUAAAAAAUGCGUAUGUGAACAACAUAAUUCAUUUAUAAAAUGUUCGUGGUGCGACAAAGUUUUAUGUUUCCAAUGUUUUUACAUGAAUUUUCAUCCACAACACUGCGAAGCGAUGGAAACAUUUUAUAAUAUGUAGACA